GUCGAUAUUGAUGACCAAAGAGCAGUAUUGUUUGGCACACCAAUCUUCCAUUAAAAGAUUGAAUUAAUGGAAGGGAUUUUGACGAACAAGAUCGACUUGACGAUCCCGGAGCUCAGGUGGCCGGGGUCGGACUUGGCGUCGGAGAUAUGGGAUUUGGUAAAGGAGCCUCUAAUGGUUCCCGCGCUUAGGGUGGCGGUGUAUAUAUGUUUGGGCAUGUCAAUCAUGCUCUUUGUUGAGAGGCUUUACAUGGGGAUUGUGAUAGUUUUGGUCAAGAUUUUCUUUGGAAAGCCUGAGAAUAGGUACAAAUGGGAACCUAUUCGUGAGGACUACGAGAUUGGGAGUGCUGCUUUUCCUUGUGUUCUUGUUCAGAUCCCUAUGUUCAAUGAAAAGGAGGUUUAUAAGAUCUCCAUUGGAGCUGCAUGUAAUUUGUCUUGGCCAUCCGAUCGUCUUGUGAUUCAAGUUCUUGAUGAUUCCACCGACCCUAUCAUCAAGGAUAUGGUGGAAAAGGAAUGUGAGAGGUGGGAAAGCAAAGGAGUCAACAUAAGAUACCAAAGGAGGGUGAGUAGAGGAGGAUACAAGGCCGGAGCUCUCAAGGAAGGCUUGACACACAAUUAUGUGAAUGAUUGUGAAUACGUUGCCAUCCUCGACGCCGAUUUCAGGCCCGACCCUGAUUUUCUCCUUCGUUCUAUCCCUUUCUUGGUUCACAAUCCCGACCUCGCUCUUGUUCAAGCUCGUUGGCGCUUUGCAAAUGCGGACGAGUGUUUGUUGACAAGAAUGCAAGAGAUGUCUUUGGAUUACCAUUUCAAAGUGGAGCAAGAAGUGGGUUCCUCCACUCAUGCUUUCUUCGGCUUCAAUGGGACGGGAGGCAUAUGGAGGAUAGCAGCGAUCCAAGAGGCUGGUGGUUGGAAAGACCGAACUACUGUUGAAGACAUGGAUCUUGCCGUCCGAGCUGGUCUUAAGGGCUGGAAAUUCCUUUACCUUGGAGACCUACAUGUUAAAAGUGAACUUCCUAGUACUUUCAAAGCAUUUCGUUUCCAGCAACACCGUUGGUCUUGUGGCCCUGCUAAUUUGUUCAGAAAAAUGUUCAUGGAAAUAAUAAAAAACAAGGCUACAAUCAUAGGUUUGCUUGAAGCAAAGCGGGCAAAUGAAUGGGUUGUCACUGAAAAAUUGGGAGAAGGUAUCAAUAAUACUAACAAAACAAACAUCGUCAAAGCUGCAGCUAAGAAGACAAAGUCAACAUUGUUCAAAGACAGGAUACUUACACAAGAGCUAGGGUUUGCAGUAUUUCUGUGCUUUUGUGGAGUGUAUGACUUGAUGUAUGGGAAGAACCGUUAUUAUAUAUACCUCUUUCUCCAAGCACUAACUUUUACAAUAGCAGGGUUUAGCUACAUCGGCACUAUCGUCCCUUCGUAGUUAGGUUUUCAUAUUUUUUGUUAGUGGAAGAAGAUCUAAUGAAUAGCUAUAUAUGGA